CUCAAUAGACAACUAACGUUGUUAUAACUUUUUCAUUUAGUUCAUAAUUUUACUAUUUGUGUCGAACACAAUAUAAUGGCUUCUGCUGGAAAACCGAAGAGUGAGUUGACAGCAGAGGAAUUAGAAGCUUUGGAAAAAGAAGAAUUUCAAACUGGACCUUUGUCUGUUCUCACUGAUUCUGUGAAGAACAACACACAAGUCUUGAUCAACUGUAGAAACAAUAGGAAACUCCUCGCCCGCGUAAAAGCGUUUGAUCGUCACUGCAACAUGGUGUUGGAGAAUGUGAAAGAAAUGUGGACGGAGACGCCAAAGUCCGGGAAAGGAAAAAAGAAGCAACAACCAGUGAACCGUGACCGGUUUAUCAGCAAAAUGUUUCUUCGAGGAGACUCCGUGAUUAUCGUACUCAAGAAUCCGCUUGCCUCGGCUGAAAAAUAAACUGAAAUUCAGUAAAAAGUUUGAAGAAAAUAUUAAAUUUAUACGAAAUUUGGAUUGAUUCUUACAAUUAAAGUUUAGUAAAAAGUGUGGAAGUCGAAUAUAAACAAUGUCUUAUGUGAAAGUUGUGAUAAAUAUUUACAACCAAAGUUGGAGAAAAAAAGUCACAAAAAAACAUAAUAUUUUAUGUGGAAAUUUCGAUUUGAUUUGCUUUUAUUGUCGUAAUGUUGAUUUGUUUUGACAUCAUCAUUGUAAACUGCUUGCUUUGUUUGUUUAACUACAAAACAAAGAUGUGGAAUGAUUGUUGUCAAACAUCAUAAACAUGUCUCUGUUAUAACAUACAGUCUUAUUUUUCAAAAUCAAUCUUUUGACGUCAUUUUAUGUUAGAAAAACUUUUUAAUUCAAUUAGAAAUUAUGGUUUAAAUAAACGCUGCCAUUGAAUUUAG